AUACUCUUCUUUCCAUAUGGUCCAGAUGUGUAAAUGGCGCUUUCUAUGAGUCACGAGCAGCCUCAUGUCCGUUGCUGAUAAAUCUGCACACAUCCAAGCGUACUUGCUGACGAUGUUCUCCAGGCUUCAAAGACGCUGUCAGGGCUAAUGGCUGUUUGUAGCUUAGAUUCUGCUCAUCAGUUUAUGCUAGAUCCCCCGGUAAAUUUCUUUGGGGUCGCAUUAGUGAGAGGAAGAAUGUGGACACAAAAAUCUAGAUGUAUCUGAUGGAUACACGGAUACAAUUAAUAGACUAAUUGACCGAUGAUAUACCUUGGCUUGUUAGAUUAGUGAAUAGUAGGUACAUAGGUAUUACUAGGCGCAUAGCUGUGUACUAUAUGUCUUGAUGCACAUGACUUCUGCCCUUUUACUGUGGUUGCUGUUGUGGUGUCUGACAAAAUUGCGCUCUGUGCUUCUGCGGCUGGCCGUAGAGAUUGACUCGCCGAAAAUCAACUUUUCUUCCGUAUCUCGGAGACACUGUGCAAUUGUCUAUCCUCGAUAAGCAUGGCGACAGCCAACAUAUCCCCGGCGGCGAAUCUGCUGCGGAGAUCUCGCCUAUUUGCCCUUCCGCAAGCUAUACAAGUCCAACCUGAAAACCUCUCCUUACGACCUCACGGAUCCGAAACCGCAACGCUUCCCCAUCCCGUCAGGGCAUCUAUCAUCACGCCACGGUCGUCGUUGGCAAAGGGAGACUGGGGUCUGAAGAGGCCGCUUCCUGCACUUUCGACCUCAAAAAAGUCGAGGAAACCAGUCGUCAGGGUCAAUGCGCUUGACACCUUUGAACAUGUCACAGACUUUGAAUCCGCACAGGACCACACCGUUACCCUGAGGAAGUUCCAAGAACUCCAUCUGCCAGUAUCCCUUCCCUCAAGAGGGUCUUACUCUUCGUCUCUUAUUCCAAGACACGAAAGCCCCUUUGAAGCACACCUAGACAACACAGAGACAAGCGAAGGCAUCAACACGCCUGGUGUGUUGAAAUACAGGCAUACCGGACCCUUCCUUUCGGGGUUGUCGGAGGCUGAAUUCAUUGCCUACCUUAAGAAAGUGCAAAGAGAGAAGCCGGAACUACUACGCAAACUCCGAGAGCGAUUCACCGCGCAGCUAAAUGCCGAGAAGAGGAAGCAGGCCCAGGACAAUGGCGAAGACUUGGAGGCGCUGGCCCCCGUACAGGUUACCGAUGAAGACUUUCACAAGUAUCUCAGGGUGUUGCGAGCGAACCCAAGUGCCCUUGGUCUUGCUGUGUUUAGUCUGUUGGACCUUCCAUCUUUCCCGUCGGUGCCGACUGAGCGCAUGGGCAGAACCUACUUCGAAUCUCCUGGAACCGCACUGUCUUCGUCCGAUUACGUCUUUCGGGGACCGCCCUCGACUCAUCCCUCGGCUGGUCUGUCUUAUACACGAUCUCAUGCGUUGGUUUACAAUCACCCUGAACACGGUCCUCAGGCCAACCCGCGGCCUGUAGAGGCACGUGUCCUGAGGCGUAAGGGCCGGUACAAGGGCCAAAGCUUCCGGGCCAUCGUGGGUGUCGGUGGUGUUGCCUUGGAUGACCCAGAUAUUAAGGCAUUCAACGAGAGCACACCCCCGCCCGGUCUGUCGCAUUUCGAGGCGGACAUCCCUGGUGGUGCCAAAUACUAUGUCACUCCUGUCCGGGCUGCGGUGGAGUCGAACGGGCGGAUCAGGCUUCAAGCCUCGCGCUCGGACCCAACCACCAAGCUGGCUUAUGGUGUCAAGGACUACGAGAAGCCUGUUGAGGCGAGCCGUCCUGCACCACAGCGCCAGCGGCAAGGGAACGUCCCACGACUAGACCGUCCUUCGUUCCCUCAGUCAGACCCCUUGCCGCCACCAGAACAAAAGACCGAAGAUGUUGCGAGAACCCUUAUGCGCACCCUUGUCCAGAGGUAAGAUGUUUUUCGCAUGUUGUCAGUGACGAGACGAAUCUUUGUCCAGAGAUAAGACGUUCUCACUCGUUGUCGGGGGAUGAGGGCUCAUCCGGGGGAGAGUGAACAAACUGUAUGAUUAGAUUGGGGAUUUCGAUUCCAAACACUAUGUAUUUGUGAUAUCUAGAUAUCUGUGAGUAAAGCACGCUAUUUAUUUUUCAUUUUGUUGAAACAAUAAUUUAUUUUUGUUGAAAUCAUGGGCACCUAUUCAUCCUAUCCAAGUAU